UGCUUUAAAGUCCACCAUUUCAGCCCGGAAGUUUGGCCAUUUGUUUAUCCAAUAAAUGAUAAUCCUAUUUAUGUAAUUUAAUUUAUUAAGUGAUUUUACGCGCUGUGAAGUCCGGGCCAAACUGUCUGGCUGUGAGACAAGAAUCACAGUUGAAAGCGGACUUUCUGGACAGCAAUCCGGCCGGUCCAGCUACUUGUUGUGGAGGUCUUGAGUCAGAGCUGUCCCGCUUAGCUGUCCCGUUAGCGGUGGACUAACAUCACAGAAGGACGACAAGAGCCAGCUGUCAGGUGUCACAUCCCGCUAAGACAGCGACUCGCAGUGAGAAGACAAGAAAGAAACGUACCUGUUGGACACCCUGUUGUCUCACUCAUGACUUGCCGUUAGUUAACAUGUCGAAACAGCACCAGCCGGUUUUCCCGAUCCAGCAGCAGACAAACCUGAACUCUGCUCCUUUCCCACAAUUGUUCGUGAAACCUUUUAACAGUCCUCUUCAAGUGAGAAGAAAUGUCAUAACAGACGAUUACCGUGUCACAAGUCAGGUGCUCGGGAUGGGGAUAAAUGGCAGAGUGUUGGAAAUAUUCCACAAAGAGAGUGGAGAAAAAUAUGCACUAAAGAUGCUGCAGGACUGUCCAGAGGCCAGACGAGAGGUGGAGCUUCACUGGAGGGUGUCCCCUUGCCCCCACAUUGUGCCCAUCAUAGAUGUUUAUGAAAAUCUCUACCAGGGCAGGAAGUGCCUCCUCAUUGUGAUGGAGUGCAUGGAUGGGGGUGAAUUAUUCAGUCAUAUCCAAGACAGAGGGAACCAUGCAUUUACAGAGAGAGAGGCCUCAGACAUCAUGAAAAGUAUAGGAGAAGCCAUACAUUUCUUGCAUUCCAUCAAUAUUGCUCACAGAGACAUCAAGCCAGAAAACCUGCUCUACACCUCCAAAAGACCAGAUGCUCUGCUCAAGCUGACUGAUUUUGGGUUUGCCAAAGAAAUUACCACUUUAAACUCACUGGCAACGCCAUGUUUUACCCCCUAUUAUGUUGCUCCAGAAGUUCUUGGUCCAGAGAAGUAUGACAGAUCUUGUGACAUGUGGUCUCUGGGUGUCAUUAUGUAUAUUCUGCAUUUCUGUCUUACACACAGACUUUGUGGAUACCCGCCUUUUUUCUCACAUCAUGGUCUGGCGAUAUCCCCAGGGAUGAAGAGACGGAUAUGUACUGGACAGUACGAGUUCCCCAACCCAGAGUGGUCUGAUGUGUCUGAGGAAGCCAAACAGCUGAUCUGCCACUUACUGAAAACUGAGCCCACCCAGAGAAUGAGCAUCGCAGAGUUCAUAAACCAUCCCUGGAUUAAUCAAUCUGUAGAAGUCCCACAAACACCUCUUCACACCAGCCGUGUUCUGCACGAGGAACAAGAUGUCUGGGAGAAGGUUAAGGAGGAAAUGACAAAUGCCCUGCAAACAAUGCGAGUGGAUUAUGACCAAAUUAAAAUCAAAACUAUUGAAGAUUCAAAUAAUCCUCUCCUCAUGAAGAGAAGAAAGAAAACUAAAAACUCAGCCACACAACCUCCAACCUUGUGAAAUCAAGAUUUUAUAAAAUUUUUUCACAAACACACUCAUGGAGAACUUUUUUUGGGGGAAAAAAGCUUUCAAGAAGAGCUUUAGUGAAAUUGGAUAUUGUUAUUGCUUUUGUAAUGUUUUAGCUGUUUUUAUUUCUUUCUUUUAACGUCAGAUGAUUUGAUUCUCAAAAUUUGAAAGAACAUAAAAUUCAUCCACGCAUUUUGGUAAAUGUGCUUUAAGUACUCUUUCUAUGCAAGUAUUCUGUAUGUGGACUAUUGCUUACUCUUACAUCCUAUCACUAGUUUUUAAUAUUUUGAUUUACUGUACAUACUUAGUCCGACAUUUGAGUGAGCUUUGUUGGCAACACAUAGAUUAAUUAGAUUAAUAGGCUAUUUUUUGGUCUGUUAAUGUGUUCUCUGUGUUGAAAAUGAUUUAAACAGACUUUUUACUUCAAGGGUGUUGUUGAGAAAGUUUGCCAGCGUCAUUCACAUUUGUUAAUUAAAUGCCCCAUCACCAGAAACCGCACAACUUUUGUUAUGUUUUAUUAAGUAAUUUCUCCUUGCUAAAUUGUGGUAGCCCAGCUUCUAAAACUUGCUUGCUAUGUGUAGCAAUAAUCACACUUUCUAUGCCUAUAAACAGUUGAUGAUUGGAAUUCAUUGUCAAAACUGUGCUGCUAACUGGCCUCUUCACGCUUCUGUAGCAUUUAUUUUCUCCAGAGCAGUAGUUUAAAAUUAGUGCAUGAAGGCUGUUGUGUGAAAGAAAAGUGGAUGGCUGUAAACUUUUAGAUAAAGGGAGUAGUGACGACAAGUUCAGUGGAAAAUGUUGCACAACACUAUUAUCCUGUGUUUUACUCUGGAUUAAACCUCUUGAUGUUC